AUGCCUCUCAUCAUCGUCUCAGGCUACCCCUCCGCGGGGAAGACAACGCGCUCGCUCCAGCUCAAGGAAGCCCUAGAGGCCCGGAUCGCGAGGGAGGGCGCUGCCGAUAGUCGAAUCAGCCGGCUGAAGGUUCACCUUAUCAAUGACCAGACCCUGGGACUGUCGCGGAACGUCUAUCAUACAGCCAGGGCCGAGAAGGAUGCCCGGGCCGAGGAGUAUUCCGCUGUGAAGAGGGUCCUCUCCCGCGACGACAUUGUCAUUGCCGAUGGCCUCAACUACAUCAAGGGCUUCCGCUACCAGCUGUAUUGCGAGGCCAAGGCUGUCCAGACGCCGAGCUGCGUGGUGAAGGUACACGUAGGGACGCCCGCCGACAAGUGCCGUCAGAUAAACAAACAGCUGCUUGAGGACAAGGAUAAGGAUGGAGGUUAUGACGAGGAGGAUUUCGAGAACCUGAUCUUCAGGUACGAGGAACCGAAUGGCAUGACACGAUGGGACAGCCCCCUUUUCACUGUCCUCGACGAAGACAAGACACCACCGAUAGACCAGAUAUGGGAUGCCAUGAUUGGCAGCGACGGGAAGGCAAAAGUUGUGCGCCCAAACCAGGCGACGGUGUUGAAACCCGCCACAGAGCAAAACUACCUCUAUGAGCUCGACAAGACAACCUCCGACAUCCUCGCACAGAUAAUGACAUACCAGAAGGACCACCCUGGCGAAGGCGGCGGCGAAAUCACCGUGUCCGGCGUCGACAAGCCCAUUGAGCUCCCCGCAACACCAAUGACACUGCCUCAACUCCAGCGCAUCCGCCGCCAAUUCAUCACGCUGAACCGACAGCACAACUUCUCCAAGGCCCGCCUCAAGGAGAUCUUCGUCGACUACCUGAACGACCAGUUUCUGCGAUAG